AUGAAUGGUUCUGCGACAAAUGGCACAAUUUUCGGAUUGGAAGGUGAGAGUAUGAAGCACUUUCCACGGCCAGUGACUAUCACAGCAGCUGUUUGCGCGAUUAUUUUCUGCGUCGUUGGAGUCGCGGGGAAUUUAGUGACAGUGAUCGCGCUGUUGAAAUACACAAGAUUGAGACGACAUGCAACAACUGCGUUCGUGAUAAGUCUCAGCAUUUCCGACUUGAUUUUUUCCGCGGUAAAUAUGCCGCUAACCGCGAGCAGAUAUUUACACGAGGCGUGGGUGCUGGGCGAAACUCUAUGCAAAAUAUUCCCUCUCUUCUUCUACGGAAACGUUGCUGUGUCUUUGCUGAGCAUGGUCGCGAUCACCAUAAAUCGAUACAUACUGAUCUCAAGAUCGGAGAUAUACGCCCAACUGUACACCACUCGACGAAUCAUCCUGAUGCUGAUCGCCAUUUGGACGCUGAGCUUCUCCAUAUUGUUGCCACCGUUGCUCGGUUUUUGGGGAACCCUGGGAUUGGAACCGUCCACCUUCUCGUGCACGAUUCUGAAGAAAAACGGCGCCAGCCCGAAGAAGUUCCUCUUCGUGUUGGGGUUCAUCGUGCCCUGCGUGGUCAUCAGCGUCUCCUAUUUGUGCAUUUACUGGCGCGUUAGGAAGAGCAGGAAGAACCUGGAGGCCCACGCGGGCGUUCUGAGGCGAAAAUCCAGCGGCUUCCAACGCAGAGAGGAUUCCAGAGUCACCAGACUGAUGCUGACUAUCUUCCUCUGUUUCCUUUUGUGCUUCAUGCCUUUGAUGCUGACCAACGUGGCCGACGACAAGAUGAAGAUACCGAUUCUGCACGUGAUUGGGUCGGUGUUGGCGUGGGCCUCGUCCGUGGUCAAUCCUUUCAUCUACGCUGGCACCAAUAAACUCUACAGAGAGGCCUACAAGCAAAUUUUGUGCCCGAUUUCUAGCAAAACGCAUACCAUCGGGCCGAAACCCACCCACUCGCACUCGAGCAAAGUAUCGUCGCCGCAGGCGACUUGAGAGGGUGUUAUAAUAUCUAAAAGAGCUUCCACGCUAUCGAUAAUAUUGAAUUAAUACGGUAUGACAGCAAUAUUGUCAUCGUGCUUUAGCAUUUUGUUACGACCGCGCGAGAUCAAUGCGAUUGAGAAUAUUUUGAGGUUCUUCGAGACGCCAUAUUGUGCACGAUCUUGCUAUCAUCGUAGCUAUUUUAUAUUUGGUGUACAGUUCAGGCUUGUUGCAUAGUGUUUCGAACAGUAUGGAAACUAGGAGCGGUGGCUUUGACGUAAUAUUGUAUUUUGGUUCAAAACACCUUGUUGCGAAACGCGAUGGGUUAAUAAAUUUUGUGAAUUUAUUCCCGCUGUCGAGGAUCUACAAAUCAUACAUCGUACGUUUAUUAUAGCAUUUUCUGCCAGUCAAAGACGGCUGGUUCAUUGAUUUAAGUUCAUACAAGUUAAUUGCAAUUUUUAAUUCAAACAAAUUCAUCAGUUAGUGUGUAAUUAAACUUUUGGAAGAUAGCGUAGUGUAUGCAGAUCUCUGACAUUUAUGCCUGACUAGGUACGGGAGUCAAUGAAAUUUACAUUAAACUAUGUAGAGAUAAUAUUCGAAUGUAAAAUUGUAAAAUUUUUAAUUGAAUGGUUUCGCGUCGUAAAACAGUUUGUAAACGUUCGAUCUAGCAACAGGCAAUAGCUUUCGCGUGCUAUCAUUGCAUUGAUGUUUUGUUAGAUUAAAAGAAAGGGGAGAGAUCAAGAAUAUAUGACCCAAUCAUGUUUACGGCCAUCAAGAUCAGAAAUGAUCUUUGGAUAAUCAAUUGUCUGACAAAUAAGUGUACAAAGA